UCACUGAUUCCUCUGUCAAUCCGUCACAUAAUUCCCCUCUCUCCGAUUCCCAAUCUCCAUUAACACUCUCCCUCUCUCUCUCUCUCUCUCUCUCUCUCUUUCCUCCAUUGCUUGCAAUUAAAGCUUUCUCUCUCUUCCGAUCUUCACAAUGAGGCAGUUCAUAAAAAGGCUAUCCAAAGUUGCAGAUUCAUCUUCAUGUUCAUCAUCAAAAUCAUACUCUCUUCUCCGAUCUGAUUCUUUGACGUCACCUCGUCCGAAUCGGAGAUCCGGAGUCGCAAAGAAACCGUCGUAUAUGAGACGACGAUCUGUUCCAUCAGGACAUGUUCCGGUUUACGUUGGAGAAGAAAUGGAAAGAUUUAAUGUGAGCGCCGAUCUAAUGAACCAUCCUGUUUUUGUCAGGCUUUUGAAUAUAUCGGCACAAGAAUACGGAUAUGAGCAGAAAGGCGCGCUUCGGAUUCCUUGUAAUGUCGUUGUUUUUGAAAGAGUUCUUGAUGCUAUUCGAUGUGGUCGUGAUGUUUCUUUUGAGGUCCGCGAUUUAAUCAAUUCUUCAUCUGAUGAACUACUUUUUGUUUAGAAAAUUAGAUGUUGAUUACGAAGAAAUAAAAGGUGUAAAAUGUAAAAUGUAAAUGUAGAUGGGAGUUAAUUAGGGCCCGAAUCUGAUAAUUUUUUGGAAGAUUUUUUUUUUGUUUUUCGUCCAGCCUUACGAUUUUGAAGGGUUGAAAACUGAACAUACUCUUCGUUUUUGCUGGAUGAGCAAUCGAAUUAAAUUUCUGUCAUUUCCAUAGACUAGCACCUUUGUGUUACAGAUUUUGCUUUUAAUUUUUCGAUAGUUCAUAUCUUAUUUGUUUUAAUUUACGUGACUGACCUCAAUUUUUUCAAUGACAUUUUGCUGACGAGUUUCAAUUCUUUUUGACUUCAAUUCUUUAUGACUAAAGUUUUCAUA